GUUAAAUAAACAUGGCUUUAGCACGCCACGUGUUUUUGUUAUUGUCUGUGGUAGUGUUAUCAUGGGGACUUGAGAGAUGCGAGGCUACUGGGAAGUUCAGCUUCGAAGUUCACCACAUGUUCGCUGACGCUGUCAGACAAAAUCUCGGGUUUGACAAUCUUGUCCCUGAAGAAGGAAGUUUGGAGUACUUCAAGGUCUUGGCCCAACGUGAUCUCUUCAGAGGUCGAGGUCUCGCCUCCAACAACGAAGAUUCCCCUCUCACUUCCGCUGAAGGAAACCUCACGGUUUUCGUCAGUUUCUUGGGAUCACUGCAUUACGCAAAUGUAUCUGUGGGAACACCGGCUACUUGGUUCCUUGUGGCUUUGGACACAGGCAGCGAUUUGUUCUGGUUGCCUUGCAAUUGUGGUGUUACUUGCAUCAGCGACUUGAAAGAUGCUGGCUUUCCGCAGAGUGUACCACUGAAUCUAUACAGUCCCAAUACAUCUUCCACAAGUUCUAGCAUCAGAUGCAGUGACGAUCGUUGCUUUGAAUCCAGCCGCUGUUCUUCUCCUUCUUCAAGUGUUUGUCCUUAUCAGGUUUCCGAGUCUACCACCACAACCUCGACGGGAACAUUGUUACAAGACGUGUUUCAUCUCAUCACAGAGGAUGCGGAUUUAAAGCCUGUGGAAGCUAACGUCACGCUUGGUUGCGGUCAGAGACAGACAGGUCUGUUCCAGAACUUUCAAGCCGUGAACGGUGUUCUCGGGCUUGGAGUCAAAGACUAUUCUGUUCCUAGCCUUCUCGCUAAAGCCAAACUCGCCGCAAACUCCUUCUCGAUAUGUUUCGGACGUGUCAUUGGCGUUGUUGGAAGAAUCAGUUUCGGAGACAAAGGCUACACAGACCAGUCUGAGACUCCAUUCAUUUCUGUUGAACCAAGUACAGCGUAUGGUGUGAACGUGACGGGACUAUCAGUGGGGGCCAAACCUGUUGGGUUUAGCAUGUUUGCACAGUUCGACACUGGCUCAUCAUACACACACUUAAGAGAGCCAGCAUAUAGUGCUUUUACCAAAGCUUUUAACAGCCGUGCCUUGGACAUUCGACGACCAUCCGAUCCUCAGUUUCCGUUUGAGUUCUGUUACAACUUAAGUCCAAACGCUACAAACAUUACUUUCCCCCCAAUAGAUAUGACUUUUGAAGGAGGGUCAGUGAUGAGCAUCAAGAAUCCUUUUGUCACAAUAAAGACCGAGGGAGGGGGCAGGAUGUACUGCUUGAGUAUUGUGAAGAUCGAAGAUCUUAGCCCUAACAUCAUUGGACAGAACUUGAUGGCUGGAUACCGCAUUGUAUUCGACCGGGAGAGGAUGGUUUUGGGUUGGAAGCGGUCUAAUUGUUUUGAGGAUGAAAGCUUAACAUCUACUCCACCAGCAGAGUUUGGAGAUUCUCCACCACCACCACCAGAGUCUGAAGGUCCUUCACCACCAGAGUCUGAAGGUCCUUCACCACCAGAGUUUGAAGCUCCUUCACCACCCACAGAAUCAAAUCCACUACUUCGUUCUCCUCCUCCUCCUCCUUUGGUUUUUACUACUACAACACCUAGUGACUCCACAGGAAGUCCUGGCUCGAGCGGUGUAGCCAAUGUCAUCCCUCUUGCAUCUCAGCUCCUGCUUCUGCUAUCUCUUUUUGCCUUCCUCUGAUUCAUACAAAAGGCAUUCAUUGGUUUUGUGUUUGGUUUGACCAUUUAAUGUUUCAAUUUAAUAAGAAUCUUCGUUUGAUGAGCAGAAGCAAUCAAUAUUCAUUGGUUUGAGAAUUGUAAUAUUAUCUUAUCUCCCUGUUACAAUGUUGUGUUAUACUAAUGUUUUGGACAUGUCAA